CUACUAGUCCAAUAGUUUCUGAAGGUUUGGCGCUGUGCACGACAUUCGGCCUUGAGGUGCUUAGACCCCGAUAAAAGAGAUUGAUCAUUUGAAACUCGCAAUAUAUUUUGUCAAUGGCUUGUGCUCCACAGUGUAGCAGACCAAAGCUGAAUGUUCCUUUAUUUCUUCGCGCUACGUCUGACUUAUUGACUAUCGGUCUGCUUCACGCAGUCUACUUCGUGAUUAAACUUUUUGGCGGUCGUAAAUGGAGUUUCUUUUGUGAUGACUGGAGCAUUAAAUAUCCGUAUAAAGGCAAUACUGUAUCCUCGCUAGCAGUAACCUUAUAUGGUUAUCUAACACCAAUCGUUAUAAUUAUCAUAGUGGAGAUAGGCACAGCAAUAUUUAGAAAGAUAACUGAAAGGGGUUAUUCAAUGAAAAGUUCACUGCCAUUCAUUUAUGACUUUUGUAUUGCUUCUCUUGUGUCACACGGAGUUGCUUUCUUCUUGACAACACUUACAAAGUAUUAUCUAGGUCGAUUGAGACCGCAUUUUUGGGAUGUGUGUCAACCGAAUGUUCCGCUUAAUUGUACAGGACUACAAACGGUGUAUACAUGUCAGGGCACCAGAGAAGAUUUAAUUCAUGAUGUUUUCUUAUCAUUUUUAUCUGGUCAUGCAUCAACAGCCGCUGCAGGUGUAUUUUUCUCUGUGAUAUAUCUCCAAGCUCGCCUGCAGUUGCCUCCAUUGCCUUUGUUUCGACCAUUCAUUCAGUAUGCACUAAUCGCUAGUUUGAUCUAUGUGUGCGCUACUCGUGUAACUGAUCACUAUCAUCAUGCGACGGAUGUUUUAGCUGGAUUGAUACUGGGCUUUCUAACUUCAGUAUUUGCUUUCUUCUGGUAUCUGGGGAAUGUUUUCAGUCAGAAUGAAAAUCUCAAGUCAAAUUCUAUGUAGAUGGAUUACAAGACUUAUAAGUUAUUGCAACAAUAAUAAUAGUAAUGUUCCACUAAGCAAAAGAAUGAACUCUCUAGCUGUCUGUUAAUCCAACUUUAUUCGCUUGUUCAACUUUAGAAUAUCACAGCUAACGCCUAUUUGUAUCAGCUAUACAUAUAGAUAUAUAAAGAAAAUUACUCAACUUUAUUUCCUAUUUUGAAAUUUUCAUCGUAUUUAACGAUCAUCAUCAUCAUCAUCAUCGCCGUCAUCAUCAUGAGCAGUGGCAACAGUGGCAGAAAAGCUCCUGAGCGUAUAUAUGAGAAAACUAAUCCUGUAUCUGUCAAUUACUAUUAUAUUAUUACUAUUAUUAUUAUUGCUAAUUUUUCCAUUGUGAUUGCUCUUCACUUGUGUUUUGCUUUUUUUUUUUUUUAAACUUUUCUCACAAAUACUAACUACAUCUCAUGUAUUUUUAUCUAGUUUAUUUUUUGUCCCCAACUUUGUUUUUUUUAUUUUUUAUUUUUUUUUGUUUAACUGUGAUUUAUGCUUUCGUGAUACCUGUCCAUUGAUUUAUAUAUUCAAAGGAAAUGAAUAGUUGUCACUUAUAUUACUGGAGAGUUUUUAAAACUUUCAUGGAGAAGAUUAUUGUUUUUUAGUAAUUAUCCUUAUUGUUAUUAUUAUUAUGAAUGUGUUUAAAUAAUUUUUCUCAUAACUUUACGAUUGAUAGUCUUUUGAAGCUGACGGCAUCAGUUGGAUAGAUAGAAACCAUUGAAACAUCAGCAAGGAGGAGGAGGAGGAGGAGGAGGAGUAUUGGUGGACAGGUGUUGUUUCAGUUGUCCUAGUUUGGGACUCCGCCUCAACAGUCCCCCACCUCCCCCCACACACACACAUAUAUAUAUAUAUAUAUAUAUA